AUGCCCAAGCCAUGUACCUUCGAAGCUCCCCUAGCAGAUGCGCUGGAGGACAGCAAGUACGUGAGAGAGAUUUUCAGGGAGCGAAAGGCUCUUUUGGGAUGGAAAAGUGACGAGAAAAAGGGCUUGCCGUCACUCAGUGCCCUAGGCAUGAACACUCGUGUGAUGUGCUUGUUCGCCGAAGUGUACUGCACGCACAAGACCGACUCUGUGCGGGCACCUCCGAUCGCGUGGAUCAGAAAGGAGGUGAAGAGGUUUGGAUCCCUCAUGUCCAUCGAGCAGUCACGACAGCAACUGCACUUGGAUUGCUGGGGGCUGAAGAAGCUCUUCAGUACGGCUUUGCGCCGUUGGGGUGUGAAGAUCGGGGCUAGGAAGGAGAGCGGAGUCGAUGACUUUUACAAAGUCGUGCAGAAGCACUGGGGAAAUGUCCUCCCUUCCUUGAAGAACCCCUGCCCGGUGAUCGUCGUCGACCUCACGGCCACAUCUCCGGGAACGAAGGUGAAGCAGCAGAUCGAUGACGUUAUCAAAGUGGAAGACGACGAUGAUGAGAAUCUGGAGGAGCAGGAGUUUAAGGCUCUACCAGAGGAGGACCUCACUAUGGAAGAAAUCCAGCAAAAAAUUGACUAUCUCAGGGCCUGCUGUGACGAUGGCUACGGCAUGAUUGUCCUCGAGGACACAGUGGAUGCUUCCCUGGCCGAGACGCAGGUGGAUGCAGGUGCUUUGGAGGUUGCUGCCAAGGAGGCUAUGCUAGAAGUUGAGGAGAGCCCAGCUCGCCCUUCCCAAGGCCCAGGCCAGCAGCUUGCGGAGACCCUCGCGCUCUUUGACCAAGAGGACGAAAUCCCCGUCGUCAGUAGGGUGGGGCAGUUUCAGCAAAAGGAAAGGGGAAACAAACUGAAUCCGGAUCAAGACUACGAGGAACUUUCCGCCAAAGCCUCCAAGCCCGUGUCACCGCCACGCACGCCCCCGAGAAGGCCCUCAACCCCAGAACCCUCAACGAAGAAAGACCACGAGUUGGCAAAGAAGUUGCAACGAUCGGAACGGCUACACAGCUCCGACCACACCAAGCGCUACCUGGACCUCGAACUCGACGAUCGCAUUUUCAAGGACGAUGAUGCGGAUGGGGAGGCGAAUGCCAAGGCCUCCGAGUGCAGGGCUUCAGCCGGAUCCAAGCGUGUCCUGGAAAGUGCUGGCAGGGCAGGUGCAAGUGAAGAAGAGGACAGUGAAGACCCUGAGGAGGAUCGCCGUGGCAAGAGGCAGCACCACGCACACGAGGAGGAGAGAAAGGUCAAGAACGGCCGUGGCAGGAAGGAUGAGGAACAGGAGGAUGACCGCAAGGAGAAGCCACGCAGCAGAAGUGCGAUCGAAGUGGAAGACCUGGAAGAGGAGGAAGAAGAGGAAAUCAAGAAGGAUCGCAGGAAGGCGCCGGAGAAGAGUAAGAGGCCAGUGCCAGAGGAAAAGGAGAUCCCGAAGAGCCGUGGCAAGAAGGAGCCCAGGAAGGUGCCAGAGGAGGAGGAAGAGAAAGAAGAGAUCCCAAAGAGCCGUGGCAAGAGACCAGUGCCAGAGGAGGAAGAGGAGGAAGAGGAAGAGGAGAUCCCAAAGACCCGUGGCAAGAAGGCGCUUAAGAAGAAGCCAGUGGAGGAAUACGAAGAGGAGAUCCCCGUGAAGGUCCGUGGCAAGAAGGCGCUUAAGAAGGUGGUGGAGGAAGUGGAGGACGAGGAAGAGGAGAUCCCAAAGACCCGUGGCAAGAAGGCCCCAAAGAAGAAGGCAGUGUCGGAGGAUCACGAGGAAGAGGAGGACCAGGAAGAGGAGAUCCCAAAGACCCGUGGCAAGAAGGCCCCAAAGAAGAAGGCAGUGUCAGAGGAUCAACAGGAAGAGGAGGAUGAGGUUCAAGAGAUCCCAAAGAGCCGUGGCAAGAAGGCGCCAAAGAAGAAGGCAGUGUCCGAGGAUCAAGAGGACAAGGAGGACGAGGAAGAGGAGAUCCCAAAGACCCGUGGCAAGAAGGUGCCAGAAGAAGAGGAGGAAGAGGAGCCAGAGGAAGAGGAGAUCCCCAAGACCCGUGGCAAGAAGGCGCUUAAGAAGCUGCCCGAGGAGAAGGAGGAGGAAGAGGAGCCAGAGGUAGAGGAAGCCCGGGGCAAGAAGACGAGCAAGAAGAAGCCAGUGCCAAAGGAGGAAGCCAACAACUCCAAGAAGAGGCUUUCGACAGCAAUCGAGGUGGACGAUGACAGAGAAGAGGAUGACGAGGAAGAGGAGAUCCCAAAGAAAAGGCAUGGCAACAAGCCCAUAAACAGGAAGGUGCUGCCAGAGAAGGACGAGGACGAAGAGGAAGAUAAGAUCCCAAAGACCCGUCGCGCUAAGGAGGCGAUCAAUGAGAUCCCGAAGAGCAAGAAGAGGGCAUUGUCAGGGGAGCCAGAUCUCGAGGAGGUCCCGAAGAAAAGCCGUGGCAGCAAGACGAGCAAGAAGAGGCCAGUGCCAGAGGAAGUGGAGGAAGAUGAGGAAGAAGAAGAGGAGAUCCCCAGGAAGGUCCGUGGCAAGAAGGCGCCUAAGAAGGUGCCAGAGGAAGCCGAGGAAGAAGAGGAAAAGGAGAUCCCAAAGACUCGUGGCAAGAAGGCCCCAAAGAAGAAGGCAGUGUCGGAGGAUCACGAGGAAGAGGAGGACCAGGAAGAGGAGAUCCCAAAGACCCGUGGCAAGAAGGCGCUGAAGAAGGUGCCAAAGGAAGAGGAAGACGAGGAAGAGGAGAUCCCAAAGACCCGUGGCAAGAAGGCCCCAAAGAAGAAGGCAGUGUCGGAGGAUGAAGAGGAAGAGGAGGAGGAAGAAGAAGAAGUGUUCCCCAAGGAAGCCGAGGAGGACGAAGAAGAGGAGUCAGUGGAAGAGGAGAUCCCCCAGACCCGUGGCAAGAAGGCCCUUAAGAAGCUGUCAGAAGAAGAGGAUGACGAGGAAGAGGAGAUCCCAAAGACCCGUGGCAAGAAGGCGACCAAGCUGUCAGAGGAGGAAGAUGAAAAGGCCAAGAAACUCAAGAGACGAGUCAUUGGCAAGAAGCCUGAUCCGAGGGAGCCCAGGGAGUCCUCAGAAGAGGAUGAUGAGGAGCCUGAGCCGAGCGAGAGUGAGGAGGAGCCCACGCCCAAGGCAAAAGCCAAGGCGAAGGCGAAAGCGAAAGCGAAGGCGAAGGCCAAAGCAAAAAGCAAGGCGAAGGCAAAAGCAAAGGCAAAGGGAGCACCUGGACCCAAGAAGAAGCCGGGUCGACCGGCCAGGGCUGACAAGACCGAGGGUGAGGAUGGGAUUUUCGCCAGAAGGCGCAGGCCCCCAACGGUUCCAGCCUGUCUGCGCUGGGAAGCCAUCGUGACUGUGUUCCAAAUGGACGUCGUGCCGAAGCUAAAGGAAGCUGAGCUUCCUAUCUCUUGCUGGGAGGAACCUUGGUGGAACCUGGCCACGCGUAUGUUCCAGAACGACGAUGGUGAAACCUGGAGGAGCACGGUUGAGUACGAAGACCAGCUGAAGCCCAGGGUCCCCAAGUUUCUGAAGAUGGCCCUGGAAAGCCUCUAG